GCGGAUGCCAUAGCUCCAAAAAGGUGACAGUGGUGCGGUGAAAGCACGACUACUGUCUGCAGCUAUGCACUACUGCCGACGCACGCCUCUUUAGCCUGUACUCUGCAGAACAUCGACUUGUCCGCGUCUGCUGCAUGGAAAGAAAAGAAGGAAGGGAGAACAAUUAGAAAUGGCAUCCUGUAUGGAUGAAAUGUUUGUUGAUUGAACUUCAUUGAUUGAUUGAUUGAUUGAUUGAUUGAUUGAUUGAUUGUUUGAUUGAUUGGUGAUUGAUUGAUUGAUUGAAAGAAUGAUUGAUUCAUUGUUUGAUUGAUUGGUUAUUUGAUUGAUCUUCUCCUCCUUCAUGUCCUCUAUGUCCUACUCCAUCUCCUCCUCCAUCCCCUCCUCCAUUUCCUACUCCAUCUCCUCCUCCAUCUCCUACUCCAUCUCCUCCUACUUCAUCUCCUCCUCCAUCUCCUACUCCAUCUCCCCCUCCAGCUAUCUCCCCCUCCCGUUGUCUCCCCCUCCCGCUAUCUCCUCCUACUCCAUCUCCUCCUCCAUGUCAUCCUCAAUCUCCUUGUACUCCAUCUCCUCAAUCUCCUCCCCCAUCUCCUACUCCAUCUCCUCCUCCAUCUCCUCCAUAUCGUACUCCAUCUCCUCGUACUCUAUCACCUCCUCCAUCUCCUACUCCAUCUCCUCCUACUUCAUCUCCUACUCCAUCUCCUCCUCCAUCUCCUCCUCCAUCUGCUACUCCAUCGCCCUAUCCCGACUUCUCGUAAUCCAUAUCUCCUGCUCCGUCUCCUCCAUUUCCUACUCCAUCUCCUACUCGAUCUCCUACUCCAUCUCCCACAAAAUCUCCUACUCCAUCUCCUCCCACCUCAUCUCCUCCUCCAUCUCCUACUUCACCUCCUCCUCCAUCUCGUAUUCCAUCUCCUCCUACUCCAUCUCGUCCUCCAUCUCCUCCCACUCCAUUUCCUCCUCCAUCUCCUCCACCAUCUCCUACUCCAUAUCCUACUCUAUCUCCUCCUCUAUGUCAUCCUAAAUCUCCUCCAUAUCGUACUCCAUCUCCUCGUACUCCUUCUCCAUCUCCUCCUACUUCAUCUCCUCCAACUUCAUCUCGUCCUACUUCAUCU